UUUUUUCAAUGCAUAUUUUCCAUUCUUAGGUUUUAUUCCAAGCACAAAAAGAGCUACUGGAUUACAGUGGGAUUGGAAUAAGCGUUCUUGAAAUGAGCCACAGAUCGUCCGAUUUCACCAAGAUUUUGAACACCGCUGAAAAUCUCCUGCGUGAACUUCUGAAUGUACCUGAAAAUUAUAAGAUACUGUUCCUGCAAGGUGGUGGCUCGGGACAGUUCAGCGCUGUUCCGCUCAAUCUAAUUAAUCUGAAGGAGGACAGGUGUGCUGAUUAUCUGGUCACAGGUGCAUGGUCUGCCAAGGCGGCCAAAGAGGCAGAGAAGUAUGGAAAAGUGAAUGUGAUCCAUCCAAAACUGGGAAGUUAUACCAAGAUUCCCGACAGUAGCACUUGGUCGUUGAAUCCUUCAGCAUCAUACGUCUACUACUGCUGCAAUGAAACUGUGCAUGGCGUUGAGUUUAACUUCAUCCCUGACACUAAAGGAGUGCUUCUUGUCUGUGAUAUGUCAUCCAACUUCCUCUCAAAGCCAGUAGAUGUGUCAAAGUUUGGUGUGAUAUUUGCUGGUGCACAGAAGAAUGUUGGUUGUGCUGGUGUGACCAUUGUGAUUGUAAGAGAGGAUUUGUUGGGCAAAGCUUUGAAGGAAUGCCCAAUUAUACUGGACUACCAAGUACAGGCUGGCAAUAACUCCCUCUACAACACUCCUCCAUGCUUCAGUAUUUACAUCAUGGGUUUGGUUCUGGAGUGGAUCCGGAACAGUGGAGGGGCAGAUGCCAUGGAACAACUAAACAAACAGAAAUCUGCCAUGAUUUAUGACAUCAUCAACAGCUCCAAUGGAUUCUACUUUUGCCCUGUCGAUGAGGCGUGUCGAAGCCGGAUGAACAUUCCCUUCCGCAUUGGAAAAAAGGAAGGAGACGAAAGCCUUGAAAAGCUAUUUCUGGAUGGUGCUUCAAAACUUGGAAUGAUUUCACUGAAAGGACACAGGUCUGUUGGUGGUAUCCGAGUUUCCUUGUACAAUGCAGUGACUGUUGAAGAUGUGAAGGCUCUUGCUACAUAUAUGGAAGAAUUCCUAAGGAAUCACCAGUAGCCUAAAGUUGUUUAGGCUAGUAGUAGUUUUUUAUUUAGAAGGGUUUCUGGAUUGUGGCUUCAUUAGGCUGAAGUAAUACUAACAGCUAUGCAGCAAUAAUUGCAACAAGUUGUAGCAGGGGAAUGGAAUAUAACAAGGAAUCUAAUCAUGUCCUCUUCGAAUUACAAAUUGUUGUCAUUUUUGCUUUGUGAUUUAAAACAUUUUUAUUUUACACAACUAAGCCUUUUCUAAAUCUAGUGUGCCUUAAUGCUUGUAAAAAUUGUUAUUCUAAAACAUUCCAUGUUUUUAAUGUUGCAAAUUUGUUUUACAAAUGUAUAAGUGAAGGAAUACAUAGAAUGUGAUACAUGCAAAAGAAAAUAAAAAUACUAUUAU